AUAAAAAAAUAUGUAUUAAAAAAUAUUAUUUAUUAAUUUUAAUUUAUUAUUCAUCAAUUUAAUUAUUAUCAUUAAUUUAUUAUUUAUUUAAAAAUGAAAUUCGUUUGUAUUUUAUGUAUUGUGUUAUUGGAAUUUACCGGGUGGUGUAUUAGUGAAGAUCCAGAAUAUUGGUUAAAAAAAGUAGACGAUGAAUUAGAAAAUGCAUUAAAUGUUAGGCAUAAUAAAGGUAAAGCCAAAAAUAUAAUACUUUUUGUUGGAGAUGGAAUGGGUCCAAAUACUGUUGCUGCCUCCAGAAUUUAUAAGCAUGGAGAGGGUGGAAGACUAGCUUUCGAAGAAUUUCCUCAUGCUGGUCUUAUCAAAACAUAUUCUGGUGAUCACAUGGUUCCUGAUUCAGCCAGUACAGCCACCUCAAUGUUCUCAGGUGUAAAAGUUAACUCAAAAACAGGUGGUGUCGAUGCUUCAGUAAAACGAGGAGAUUGCAUGGCUGCAAACAACACAAAAUCACAUUUAUCCACAAUUAUGAAAUGGGCACAAGCUGCUGGAAAAGCUACAGGGUUUGUAACUACGACCAGGAUUACUCAUGCCACCCCAAUGUCACUAUAUGCUCAUACAGCUGAUAGAGAAUGGGAAUGCGAUUCAGUAAUACCAAAAGAUUACAGAAAUUCUUGUAAAGAUAUCGCUCGACAGUUAGUUGAGGAUGAGCCUGGAAAAUAUGCUCGAGUGAUUAUGGGAGGAGGUAUGCAAACAGUAAAUCCAAAUUAUAAAACAGAAUUUGAAAAUUGGAAAUAUGAUAAUUGGACAUGUGUUCGAACAGAUGGAAAAAAUUUGAUUGAAGAAUGGGUAGAAGACAAAAAACUUAGACGAUUGAAUCAUGCUUAUGUUACCAAUACUAAAGAUUUAUACAAUGUAAAUACAGAUGAGGUCGAUUAUUUACUAGGUGUUUAUGCAAAUGGUCAUAUGCCAUACGAUUAUGAACGGGAUCGUAGCGAUUUAGGUCAACCAUCUUUAGUAAAUAUGACAGAAGUUGCUGUUAAAUUAUUGAAAAAAUACGUUAAUGGAUUCUUUUUAAUGGUAGAAGGUGGAUUAAUUGAUCAAGCAAAUCAUCGUGGCACAGCUCGCAGAGCUUUAGAUGAAACAUCUGUAUUUAGCGAUGCGAUAAAAAAGGCUUUAAGUAUAGUUGAUACUGAUGAUACAUUAAUCAUUGUAACAGCCGAUCAUGCGCAUGGAUUAACAUUUAGUGGAUAUGCAGAACGUGGAUCUAGUGUAUUAGGAAUUGCAGGAAUUUCAAAAAUUAAUCAAAUUCCUUAUACAACUUUAAAUUAUGCGGUGGGUGGUGUUAAUAAUUUCCAAUUAACUGUAAAUGGUACAAAUAUUGAUCGAAAGGUGCCAAAUAAUACUGAAGAUUUUACCUACAGUCAGCAAACUGGUAUUUUAAAUGAUGAAGGCGUUCAUGGUGGAUCAGAUGUUUUUGUUUAUGCUAUAGGCCCAAUGUCACAUUUAUUCCAUUCUUUGCACGAACAACCGUACAUUGCACGAGUAAUGGCAUAUGCCGCAAGACUGGAUUCGCCUUUUAAUGACUUGAAAUCUUCGGCAUCUUCAAGAUACUUUGGAAGCUCAUUUUACUUGUUACUAUUAGUAUUUUAUUGCUUACGUUCGUUUUUUAUAUGAUAUUUAAGUAUUAUAGAUAAUUGUAAUUUAUGUUUCCUAAUGUUAUAAAAUAAAUUUUACAAUUAGUGUUA